GCCACGACUCCUGUUUAGUUGUACUCUGUAACUACGGAGAGUAUUUAGUAGCUGGAGGUAAUUAGCUACUGGUGGUUUUUUGUUUGUCUGGUUCUUUUUCUCUCUCUCUUUCUUUCCUUCCUUCCUUCUCUUCCCUCUCCAUCUUUCCUCUCGGUUUCAUCGUUAAAUCUCUUAGCCCUCCCUUUUCCCCCCUCUAAAUUUAUUCAGUAACGGAAUAAAUUUAGUCACCAUGGCCGACCAGGAAAAGCCACAGGAGACCGUCCCAGCUCCCGCAACCCAGGUAAAGGACCAGCCCGAGCCGGAGACUGAGACUGCUCCAGCUACCGAGUCCCUGCCCGAACCUGCAUCUGAAGCUGAGGCCAAGCCUGCUCCAGCGGCAGCGGCAGCUCCUGAAGCUCCUGAAGCUCCUGAGGAACCCGAAGUCGCGACGGAGGUCCCCAACCCACCCGAAACUCAAACCGCUCCUGAAUCCGUUCCUGAACCAACCAAAACUAUCCCCGAGCAACCGGCUGAGCCAGCUCCUGAAUCCCUCCCUGAGGCUUCUGUUGCUGUUGCUGCUGCUGCUGCUGCUGAACCCGCCCCUGAAGCCACCACAGCCGCCGCAGAGGAAGAAAAAGAGCCCAAGCCAGAAUACAUUACCAAAACGCCCGCGCUGGAGCAGCUCUUCGAGAAGCUCCCUGAUAUUCUUAGCAGCACUGGCCAUGAUGAAAUGUGGGGGGUGUCUCUGAAGGACUUCAAUGAUGCACCCACUGUGAAUGUGGUGAUGAAGUUUCUCCGCGCGAACGACGGCAAUGUGAAGCUGGCUGAGGAGCAGCUGAUCAAGGCGUUGCAGUGGCGGAAGCAGAUGGAUCCUCUGGCGCUGGUAGACUCGACGAGUUAUGAUGCGGCGAAAUUCGGUGGGCUGGGAUAUUUAACUACGUAUCCGCGUGAGGGGAGCGGGGAUUUGGUUGUGACCUGGAAUCUGUAUGGGGCUGUGAAGAAUAUUGAUCAGACCUUUGGGGAUAUGGAUGAGUUUGUCAAAUGGCGGGUGGCUCUUAUGGAACUUGCUGUCAGAGAACUCAAGAUGGACCAGGCUACGGAGGUCAUGGAUUACAAUGGCGAAGACCCCUAUCGGAUGAUCCAGGUCCAUGACUACCUGAACGUCAGCUUUCUCCGUCUGAACCCCAACAUCCGCGCUGCUACCAAGAAGACCAUCGAGGUGUUCAGCACGGCCUACCCCGAGUUGCUGCGCGAGAAGUUUUUCGUCAACGUCCCUGCCAUCAUGGGCUGGAUGUUCGCCGCCAUUAAGCUGUUCGUCAGCGCAAACACUACGCGCAAGUUCCAUCCCAUCUCCAACGGCGCCAAUCUGGCUCGUGAGUUUCCUACCUUGAAGGACAAGUUUCCUAAGGUGUACGGGGGUAGCGGUCCGGACCUAGAGGGCUCGGCACGGACUGUGAGCCUUGAGCAGGAGAUUGUUCCCGAGGCCGAAGCUGUAGCUGCCGCUGCAGCUUGAAGCGAUGGAUAUGAACUGGGGAGGUUGCGGCGGAGGUGGAAACUUGUGUGAUUAAUUUGUUUUCUUUCCUGAUACCUUAGAUACCUUAGAAGUUGUUCUCGACUCUUGCGCUGAUAGCGG